ACAUCCCCGACCCAGCUCUGCGCGACCGCCUCGACGACGCCCAGAUGACGGCCCUCCGCACCAUGUUCCGCGUCGGCCCCGGCACUCCCGUCGGUGCCAUGCACCUCAACUGCGGCCUUCCCAAGAUGUCGGUCCGUGUCAAGAUGCUGGCCCUGCAGAACUGGGCCCGCUGGGACGACCAAGUCUCUGACGGCGACAAGAUGCUGUCGAUGAUCCUGCGCAACAAGAUCAUUGCGCCCUACCACCCCGACCAGUUCCUCGGCCAAGGAGUCCGAGCCGAUCCGCACUGGGCCAUGGUGGUCCGCCGACAAGAGGCCGACCACUCCCUCACGGCCACGGAGAUCUACCGAGGCAAGACCCGACACCAGCCGCCGCCGCCCGGACCGCCCCGACCCCAGCCCGUCCCGAUCAAGACCCUCAUCUUCGAGGACCACAUGAAGAACGGCUUCGACCGCUCCAAGCAGCUCACCGCCGCCUGCACCCCGUCGACCAAGAUGUCGGGACUCUGGGAGGCUCGCGGGUACCAAGGAUCCAUGAUCAUGCUCAUGUUCAUGGUCCGAUGGCGACUCGGUGCUCUCCCAGGCCACUUCAGAUUUGGCUACCGCAAGUGCAAGAACCUGGCUCGACACGGAUCCGGGAUCGACUUGACCAGGACCCACGCACAGCAGUGUGUGGAUCCGCAUCAAGUCCUGGUCCGCAAGGUCGCAGCCCUCAAGACGGCCCACCCGACUUGGGUGGAAAGUGUCGCACCCCUCCCGCACUUGGAUCACUUGCUGCUCAUGUACCCGCUCCCCGCACUGCCUUCCGAGCAUUCGCACUUGGUGCACACCCAGCACCACCACCCACUCCCACACCCAGUGUAGUCCCACCCUUGCAGUCUCUCCCUGCACCCUCAUCACAGCGUAGUAUAGUGUCAGCACUUGUCAUUCCUCCACCCCGACCCCCCCUCGAUCCUGCUGUUCCCUUGUGGGAACUGCUCGAAAAUGUGUUCACCCGCUUGGUCUCAGACCUUGUGGGCAGCUGAGGCAGCACUAGGCUGCAACAGGAGUAAAUAGGCUUGCCUGUGUACUCAACGUGCCGGGGUACCAACCUGUUGGACCUGAUGGCUUGUCUUCUUGAAUAAAGUUGACUAUAGUAACAAAAAAAAAAAAAA